GUGGCCCGAGCGUGGGGCGCGCCGGGCUCGGUGUGGCUCGGUUUGUCUCCGACUUCAUCUUACUUCUUGGCGUCUGAGAAGAUGCUGCAGGUCUUUUAUUGCUAGAUUAUCUCCGGUCUCUGUCUUGCACAUUUCAAUUUCGAGUCCACUCGGGGCUGAGGGCUAAGUGGUCCUGAAGUCACUCCUUCCAGAGCUAGAGAGGCUCAGGAGACCCAGGAUGUAAUCUUCAGAGAAGAACAGGAGAAAAUGUCUGGAGGCAGAAAGUGCCAUUCGGGGACCUGGGUGUGGAUAUGCCUGGGGAGAUGGAUUUGGAUCUCAGAAACACAUGAACAAAUGGCACAAGUUUUUUUAAACACAAAAUUGACUCAAAUACAAAGCAAGGAUUUGCUGAAUGAGGAAACAAUGAACGCUGGGAUUGUUGAAAGGGACACUGGAGUGCCUGUGACAGGCUUUGGAGCUCUCUUUACUACACACCCACCAGAUUGGCGCAAAAUGUGUUCAUUGACGACAUAUACUGAGGACUACACUCCACCGUAUGACUAUCAGCCACUUGAUUCUCCUUGUCAAGAUGAUUAUUCUGUAGUCCACAGGAAAUGUCGUUCUCAGUUCACAGAUCUAGAUGGUUCCAAAAGAUUUGGCAUCCACACUUGGCAUGAUGAGAGUGGGAUUUAUGCUAAUUCACAUGUAAAACAAAGACUCUACCCGUUCACUGGUGGCCCCAUUGUCCCAUUUUUAAAAUAAUGUAUGAAAUCCGGUUCUCUAACUAAUGAAAGAAUAAUGGAUUUAACAGUUGAUGAUUUUUUUAUCCUAAUAAAUGCAAUGGAAAUA